CGCCAUACCUUCGUCGACAAAAACCCGGCAGCCGCUUUCCGUUUCGUCAACCGCCACAGCGUCCCGUGACGGCGACGACCCCUCGAAAUUCUCCGAUUCCCUAAAUAAGUAGUAACCGCUCGAUCCUUCGAAUCUCCUAUUUCUUCUUUCGAAAUCUACCGUUUCGGCUUUCUCCGAGAUCCAUUAACUCCUCUAGAUACACUUCAGUUUCCUUGUUGAUUCGUUCCACUUUCUUCUUCCCUUGCGCGAUAUUUGAGAUUGGGGAGGCAUCGCGGGGUGCUUCAAGUGUUAUCUUUUUGCUAUAUUGUGAUGGAUAUAACGGAGGUUUCGAUUGUUCAUCACAUCGGCAUAGUGCUUAUGGUGCUCUGGUUCUUAGCAUCGAUAGGGUGGUCGCAUACUGUGCUUUACUUCGGGGCUUUGCUCUAUCUCUUUGCGGUAAAUCAACAAUAUACUGUAAGAUUGAGGAGGAAAUUGCAGUAUGAAGAACGAAAGUACGCCAACCAAAGGAGGCUCCUUUCUGAUUCUGAAUCUGUAAGGUGGUUAAACCACGCAGUUGAAAAAAUCUGGCCUAUCUGCUUGGAACAGAUUGCAUCUCAGCAAUUCCUCUUGCCAAUCAUACCUUGGUUCUUGGACAAGUACAAGCCUUGGACAGCUAGUAAAGCAGUUGUUGAGAACCUUUACUUGGGAAGGAACCCGCCUAUGUUUACCGAGAUAAGAGUUCUUGGUCAAUCAUCUGAUGAUGACCACUUGGUUCUAGAGUUGGGAAUGAGUUUUCUAUCUGCGAAGGAUAUGAAUGCAGUGCUUGCUGUGCAGCUAAGGAAAACUUUAGGGCUAGGAAUGUGGACAAACAUGCAUGUGGCAGGUAUGCAUGUCGAAGGAAAGGUGUUAGUUGGAGUGAAAUUCCUCCGACAAUGGCCAUUUAUCGAACGAAUGCGGGUGUGCUUUGCGGAGGUGCCUUACUUUCAGAUGACUGUAAAACCAAUCUUCACUCAUGGUAUUGAUGUCACCGAGCUUCCAGGAAUUGCAGGAUGGCUGGAUAAUCUACUUGCUGUUGCAUUUGAGCAGACAUUAGUCCAGCCUAAUAUGCUUGUCAUUGAUGUGGAAAAAUUUGUUUCAACACCAUCAGAAUCGUGGUUUUCAGUCUACGAAAAACCUCCUAUAGCAUAUGUGAAAUUGGAGAUUAUAGAGGCAGCUGAUAUGAAACCUUCAGAUUUAAAUGGACUUGCUGAUCCUUAUGUGAAAGCCCAUCUUGGUAAUUUUAGAAUCCGAACAAAGAUUCACAAGAAGACCCUAUAUCCAAAGUGGUUUGAGGAGUUCAAGAUCCCAAUUUCAUCAUGGGAAGUACCAAAUAUAUUGUCUCUUGAAGUUCGUGAUAAGGACCACAUCUUCGAUGACUUGCUCGGAGAGUGUUCAGUAAACAUCAGCGACCUAAGGGGUGGCCAGAGACAUGAUAAAUGGCUAACUUUGAAGAACAUAAAGAAGGGAAGACUACAUUUGGCUAUCACUGUAUAUGAAGAUGAGACGGAAUUAUCAAAACUGAAUGAGCCCACUACACCUAAACCAAAUUCAAAUGUGCAAAACAAUGAGACUGAUCCAUCUUUAGAAGAACAUCAACAAAUGGCAGAUGAAUUCGAGCCCAUUAAUAUCGAAGGGCAAGAAAAAACUGGUUUAUGGGUACAUCGCCCCGGGAAAGAUGUCUGUCAAACAUGGGAGCCUAGGAAAGGACGAUCGCGCCGUGUAGCUGAAACCGAACUGCAGGCCGAGGGCAGUGAAGGCAUUGAAAGCUUGAUCUCAGAAACAUCUGGCAGUGAUGAAAAUGUGGAUGUGAAGAAAAUUAGUCGCCAUGGAACAAUAGGGAGGGGGCUCCAAAAACUUGGUUCUUAUUUUCAGAGGACCCCAAAGAUGCAAAACUCUAGAGAAGCAAAGGAGGAGGUUAGUCCUAUUCCAUCUCCCAACAUCAGAUCAGUUGAGGUGCAGGGAACAGCAGUCAGGAUCAUACUUGAUGAAAGUAUUAUUACUGAGUCUGGAGAUCUGAAAGUAGAUGGACAACAGGGCAAUCAUGGAAAGAUUGAGGUUGACAGUCCAGGGAAGAAUGAUGCAUCAAAGAAACCUUAUGCAAACAUAAAGGGUGUGAUGAAGAGGAAAGUUUCAACAAAAUCUAUAUCAGAUGAAGCACUGGAGAGGCAAGAGUCAUCUCGCAUGCUGAUGGAGCACGAAGAAGUGGACUCUUAGACUUCGUUUGGGACGGCUUUCUUACUGCUUCUUAAAGCAGCUUUCAAGUAUAGAAAUUUCAAUUUAUUUUCUAAAGAGCUGCUUUAAGAAGCGAUAAUUAAACUGUUCCUAACGAAGUCUUAGUCAGUCCUGGGUUGCGUGAAGAAUGAUGCCCAGCAAUUUAUGAAUUUGAAGGAAUCACUUAUUUGAAAGCUCAAGACAAGAAAAUGGAUUCCUAGCUGGCUGCAAAUACGUUAGAAGUAGAGCUGUCUAUUUUACUGUGAGAAAAUAAUUCCUGUUUCAUUUUUGCCCUCAGUGUCAUGUAACUGUACCACUGUUUGUUGUUCUCAUAUUUUUAUUUGUUUGACCUCAUUUCAUAGAGGUAACAAUAAAGUCGUGUAAUCUGAAACAAAAGAUGGGACUAUCUUUUCAACCAUUAUUGUUGUAACUUUUUUUGUUGCGAUGAAAGAUAUAAUGAAAAGUGUGACAACAAAUACAGGAAA